AUGAAAGGCGUUCAGCAAUUUGGUAGAUGGGGAAAACUUGCUCCGAGAUAUGUUGGUCCCUUCAGGAUUAUUAAGCGUAUUGGAGUUGUUUCCUAUAGAUUAGAGCUUCCAGCAUCGAUGUCAAGUGUACACGAUAUCUUUCAUAUUUUGAUGCUCAAGAAGCAUUUGCGCGAUGAAGAGCAGCAAAGGGUAAUUGAUGCAUCAGAGAUUGAGAUCCAGGAUGAUUUGACUACCGUAGAGAUUCCGAUAUGUAUUCUUGCUAAAGAGAGUAAAAAUCUUAGAAAUAAAGUCAUUCCAUUAGUAAAAGUUCAGUGGAGCCGGCAUGGAGCCUAA